CGUGAACCACCCCUAUCCGGGUAAACGAACACCAGCGAUAGUGAGAAGAAGGCGGCCAUUAAUGUUCUGAAGCCCGAUCCCGACUUCAGUGGUCCAGUAAACACUCUUAGCUGAAUAUAUUAUAUUAUAUUAUUCUAGUGUCUGCAGUCCGAGAUAAAGAAGGUAUUUAUUUAGAUGGCAAGCUUCCCGGGCUCUCUAAACGAACAGGACAUAGGUAAGGCCAAGUUCAUCGGUGAGCUGUCAGUGCCUGUAGCUCCCUUUGACCAGAAGUCUGGACGGGAAACCUGGACUGUAGCCUUUGCACCGGAUGGCUCCUACUUUGCCUGGUCUCAAGGGCAUCGCAUCGUGAGGCUUGUUCCCUGGUCCAAAUGUCUCACAAAAUUCUCCACGUCCCACUCUAGUGAAGGUACCAACCCAGCAGGAGGCCACCAGGAUGGGGAUGAAUGCCGCGUCCCCCCGGCCGCAGACGAGCCCUGCAACCACACCAUUGACUGCGGGGACAUCGUCUGGGGGCUGGCCUUCGGGUCAUCGGUGCCAGAGAAGCAGAGCCGCUGCGUGAACAUCGAGUGGCACCGGUUCAAGUUCGGCCAGGACCAGCUACUGCUGGCAACAGGCCUAAACAAUGGACGCAUCAAGAUCUGGGACGUCUACACGGGAAAGCUGUUGCUGAAUCUGAUGGACCACACUGACAUAGUGCGAGACCUGACCUUUGCUCCUGAUGGCAGCCUCAUGCUAGUCUCUGCAUCCCGGGAUAAGACUUUACGCGUCUGGGAUCUGAAGGAUGACGGUAACAUGGUGAAGGUUCUGCGGGGGCACCAGAGCUGGGUCUACUGUAGUGCCUUCUCUCCCGACUCAUCUACCCUGUGUUCAGUUGGUGCUGGUAAAGCGGUUUUCCUCUGGAACAUGGAUGACUAUUCGCUGGUCCGGAAGCUGGAGGGACACCACAACGACGUGGUGUCCUGUGAGUUCUCCCCCGACGGAGCUCUGCUGGUGACCGCCUCCUACGACACCCGGGUCAUUGUGUGGGACCCCUACAAGGGCACCAUUCUGCUAGAACAGGGUCAUCUCUUUCCCCCACCGUCGCCAAUAUUCGCGGGUGGUGCCAACGACCGCUGGGUGCGAUCUGUCAGUUUCUGCCAUGAUGGACGACACAUCGCCAGUAUAGCUGAUGACCGAUUGCUGCGGUUCUGGAGCAUUGAAGAGAAGGCUCCCCAGGCCAUCGCAGGCCUGGCCAGCGGCCUCAGCUGUGCCUUCUCCACUGACGGGACGGUGCUUGCUGCAGGGACCCGUGACGGCAGCGUGCUCUUCUGGGCAUGCCCUCGGAGCACGCCCCCCCUGCAGCACCUGUGCCGGAUGGCGCUGCGUCGGCUGAUGUCCACCCAGCAGGUGGAGGCGCUGGUCAUCCCCACGCCACUCUGCGACUACCUUGCCUACAGAGUCCUCUGACUCAACGCACGUCCACAGAAAACGUCAAAGUACCGAGAAACGAGCUCACUAUAGAGUCCUCUGACUCCACGCAUGUCCACAGAAAACAAGAUCAACUCAUAAGUGCCGAGAAACAAGAGCUCACGCAAAACCACAAUCGUAUAAUUCUUACUGUCUGAGGGCUGCUAUGUAUUUAUUGCAUUUUUUUGUGGUUUGAGGGAAAACGAUGAUGGCAGGAGGCAUAGUUCAGUGGAACACAGGAACCGGUUAAAGUGACCUGAGGCGGUUAUUGAGCUCCAGGUGAUCAGCUUUGUGUUUUGACUCCGUGCUGGAUUGGGCAAGAGAGUCCUAUUGUGACUCCUAGCCUGAGAGAGAAUGCUGUGCUCCUGCUUGUAUUGAGGUUUAUCGUGCUAGAAGGCAGGGUACUGAUGUGUGGGGCCCUCUCCACAGCAGAGUGUGUGGGUGCUCUGCAGGAAGGUGCAUCUGUGCUCUUAUUGCCCCUCCAGCCCAGGGCUCUUUAUCACGCUGGAUAUCAGAUUCAAGAGGUCUCGUUGGUUUUCCUGUUUAUAAAAUCAGAGGCCAUCGGUUUCUAAGCUCUGUACCAAUAUUGUAAACUGAAUGUACAAGUUUAGAUGGAUCUUCGUGUUUUGUACAGGACUAUUUUGCCAGGUUAUGUAUGCAUCCUAAUUCAUUUUCUAGCCUUUGAUAGCAAGGAGCCAAUUAUUUACAUUUUUUGCUUCUUUUCUCUUCAUGGGGAAUUUUUAUUACAAGAAACGAUAUAAUUUUGCAAAAAAAACAGGAUGUUGUCUGCAUAUAGAGACCGAACUCUGACUGUGAUAGUAUGUAUGGCCUUGUGUCCUAUACCUUGCACACAUGCUGUACACAAAUAACUCCUUUCCAAGCCCCUCAAUGUGUUGUUGGUUCUCCUGCAGGGGACCGGUUGCUUCAAAAGAAUUUCUAUCAGUUGGAUCAAUCCAAGUCCUUUUCACUGGGUUCUGUCAUAAGCUCCAAUCGUUUGAGUCCUUUCUGUGCAUUUCUGAAAUGUUGGUUCCAGUCCAUAUAUACGUUUCUCCCUCUGAGGCUUUGUUAUAAAUACAUAAUUGCUUUUUCAUAAAUAAAAUUGGCGUGCAGGAAUGUACAAUUUUCAUUUCCACA